UCAACCUCAUACUUUCAUACACCUUCAACAAAACGUAACAAAGUUACCCUCUUUCUCGAUCCCCCAUAUGGCUUACACUCAACCAACAAACGGUGCCGGCGUCGAGAAAAAUGGCAUCCCGCCGGGAAAGCCAAUGUCAAUAGGGACACACAUGUUGGACAAAGGAGCUAAGAUGCUGCAGUCGUUGAAACCCAUAAAGCAGAUGAGUCAACAUGCAUGCACUUUUGCUUUAUACAGUCAAGACAUGUCUCGACAGAUCGAGACUCAUCAUUACAUCACACGAAUCAACCAGGAUUUCCUCCAGUGCGCCGUUUAUGACUCCGACGACUCCUCCGGCAGACUCAUAGGGGUGGAAUACAUAGUCUCUGAUCGUAUUUUUGAUACUCUGUCACCUGAUGAACAGAAACUAUGGCACUCUCAUGCUUAUGAGAUACAAUCAGGGCUUCUAGUGCACCCACGAAUCCCAGAAAUGGUUGCCAAACCGGAGCUCGAAAACAUGGCCAAAACCUAUGGGAAGUUUUGGUGCACAUGGCAAACCGAUAGAGGUGAUAAGCUGCCGAUUGGGCCACCGUCGUUAAUGAUGUCACCACAGGAGGAGGAGAUUGCGAAGGUUAAGCCGGAGUUGGUGGAAAAGAGAGACGAUAAGUACAAUAUAUCGACUGCUGCUAUUCGGGGUUCGAGAACUGAUAUCAUGGGGCUCGGGAAGUUGAAUCCCAUGGCAGAUUACUGGAGAGAGCAUAAGAAGUGUUUUGGUAUCGAUGUCGAAAGUGCAGAGAUGAAGAAGUUGACAACGUUUCCAUAAGUUUUAAGUUGUAGUAAUUUGGCAUAUAUGAUGUGUAUAUAUGAAUUUCUGGAAUGAGUUGCUGUAUGUGGGGUUGUCCUUAUACAGUGAAAGGAGUUUCAGACGCAAUAAAUUUGAAUAAAUUAAUACUUUGUGUGUUAAAAA